AUGAACGGGGGUCGAUUGAAUGAUAAACAAAUCACUGCCCAACUAGCCAAAGACUUCAAUGACUUUUAUCUCAAGAUAACGUCCAAAACCAUCAACCAAAUAGGGAAUUAUGAAAUAAUUGAAGAGAUAGGUGAAGGUUCCUUUGGGAAAGUUUACUUAGCUAACCACAUAUUAUUAAAUAUGCCAGUAGUUUUGAAAUGUGGUUUAACUGACGAUCCUAAUAUUGUUAGAGAAGUUUUCUAUCAUAGACAAUUAAAACAUAAAAAUAUUGUUAAACUUUAUGAGGUCAUAAAGACUGAAACCCAUUUAUGGUUAGUUAUGGAAUAUUGUCAAGGAAAUGAAUUGUACUAUCACAUUUAUGAGAAGAGAAGAUUAGAAUUCAAGGAGGUGCAACAGAUAUUUUUCCAAAUCAUUCAAGCUAUCAAAUAUGUUCAUUCCUUGAAUUUAGUUCAUAGAGAUUUAAAGUUGGAGAAUAUAUUGUUUGGUGAUAAGAAAAGAAAUACUGUUAAAUUGACGGAUUUUGGAUUUGUAAGAGAAUUUGAUCCUAUCAAAAGAAACUUCUUAUCGACAAUUUGUGGAACUACGGUUUAUAUGGCACCAGAAGUACUUAAAAGCGAAAAAUAUAACGGGAUGUUAACUGAUAUAUGGUCUUUAGGAAUUAUACUUUAUACCAUGCUUUAUGGUACUAUGCCAUUUGAUGAAGAGGAUGAUUUAAAGACUAAAUUCAAGAUUGUCCAUGAAGAACCUAUUUAUACCGAUGAUAUACCGAGUUCCGCUAUAAAUUUAAUCAAGAGAAUGUUGGAUAAAAAUCCUACUAGAAGACCUAAUUUGAAUGAUAUUUUGAAUUCUGAAUUCUUGAUCAACAUCACCAAUAAAUUCCCAGAAAAAGCCAAAAGAUCAUCAUCGAUGGCAUUGACCGAUUCUGAAUCUAUAAUGUCAAUGACCCAACAUCAAAAUUCAGGAUUACCACCAUUUCAAUCCAAGAUUGUUAAACAUUUAUUGAAAAAUUUCAAAAAAUCAGACAUAAAAAUUGAGCGAUUACAAAACGAUGUUAAUAAUGGGGAAAUGAAUUCCCUUACGGCAUUAUACGAAUUGGCAUUAACCCGAGAGUUCUAUAAAAAGAAGAAGAAAUAUUAUAAGAACAGUAGACGAGCCAGAAGAUCAUUAAGCAAAUCUAAGAGGAAAGUCAAAUCGGUAUUAUCUUUGAGUGAAGAAGGAAGUCAACCUUUGGAAAGAAUCAUGUCCACUUUGAGUUUGAACUCUAAGAAUCAAAGUAAAAGUAAUCUUGCAAGGAAAUCAAGUGAGAAAUUCAAUGAGAGAAGAUUAUCAAGUGAAAGGAGAAUUUCCACUGACAAGAGGCGAUCUUUAGUUGAUUCAAAUAUUUAUCAAAGCGAGAAUAGUACACCACCUUUCAAUAGAACAGUUUCAUUCUUCCCCAAUGGACAUGAGAGGAGAUCUUCAAUAUCCAGUGCAUUGAAUAUAAUGAGUGAAAGGAAGAAUCUUAAGAAAAAUUCCAGAUUAAGAGAUAGAUUACAAUUUUGGAAAAAGAAAGAUGAUGAAAUCAAUGGUUUAUUCAGAAAUGAUGUAUUAAGGGAUCAAAUAAGUGAUAUUACAUUAAACAGUCCAAGUCCGAAAACUGUUGCUGAUGAUCAAUUACCUAUUAUCAGUAAUUUCCAAGAUGAAACCGAAAACGAUUCUAUUAUCUUACAACCUAACAAACAUCCAUUGAUUUCCAAUUCAAAUUCUCCAAUUAAUAAUUCAACAGAAACUUCCAUAAGAAUGAAGAACAGACCAUCAUCGAUGGUUUCACAGAUGAGUCAAGUCAGUCAUUUGAGUCAAUUAUCUACAAUGUUGUCAGAAUCCGAACUGGAAAUGAUCAUAGAUAGUGAUUCAAUGGACGAUUUUGAAGAAGAAUUAUAUGAAUCAUCGAUUGUGACUUCAACUUAUGAUAAUCAAAAAUCCAGCAAAAGAAAGAGUCGACCUAUUUAUAGACGUCAACCUUCAAGUGAUGUUUCAAUAGCGUCAAUGUCAACUACCACCACAUCCAGACCUUUACAAUCAACGUCCAUUAAUAACCUGUAUUCUAAAAAAUCAUCAUUAUCGCAAGUUUCCAGUAAUUCAUCAGAGGAGAGUAGUGAUAUUUUGUCACCAAUUUCAACUAUUCCUUAUAGAGCAAAGAAAUUCAGUUUACCAAGAUCUUCCAGUCCGGAAAAUAUAUCAUUACCAAGAUCCAGCUCCCCUCCCCUUCCUACGAAAUUCAAAGUAAAACCUAAAUUAGCCGAACCUAAAGGGAGAAUGUUUGAAAUUGUAGAUGUUGCAGAGGUUGAUGAAACUGAAGAUUAG